AUGUGCAGAGAAGUCCUUAACCUGAUUCCUCAAAAAUACGAGGAUGUGAAUGUUGUUUCCGAACAAGGUGUAAGCAGAAGUUAUCGAGAGGCAUUUGAAGCCUCCAAUGCCAGGAUUCAACUAGAAGAUUUCAAUUCCUUUGAUGAUGAUGGCCGUCCCAAAAGAACUGGAACUAUGUGGACUGCAAGUGCCCACAUAAUAACAGCUGUUAUUGGGUCUGGAGUGCUGUCUCUGACAUGGGCUAUUGCUCAGCUUGGCUGGAUUGCUGGUCCUGCUUCAUUGAUUCUGUUCUCUGUGAUGACUUACUACACCUCCGGUCUUCUAGUUGCUUGUUACCGUAUUGGAGACCAAAUCACCGGCAAGAGAAACUACACCUACAUGGACGCUGUUAGAUCCCACCUAGGUCGUAUGAAUGCAAGGUUAUGUGGAUGGAUUCAGUAUGCGAACCUUUUAGGAGUGACAAUCGGUUACACCAUUGCAGCUUCCAUAAGCAUGAUGGCCGUUAAAAGGACUAAUUGUUAUCACAAUAGCGGAGGAAAAGAUCCAUGCAAAAUGAACAGCAGUGUGUACAUGAUUUCGUUUGGAAUUGCAGAAAUUGUAUUAUCCCAAAUUCAAGAUUUCGACCAGUUCUGGUGGCUCUCUAUUGUUGCUGCUGUCAUGUCUUUCACAUACUCUGCAAUUGGACUUGGUCUUGGAAUUGCUAAAGUUAUAGGUAUGGUUCUAUUCAUGUUAUGUUGGGUUGUCAUGAAACAGGACACAAUCAAAUCACCUCCUGAAGAGUCAAAGACAAUGUCGAAGGCUACUUUAGUGAGUGUCUUGGUGACAAGCAUUUUCUAUCUGCUAUGUGGUGGUUUUGGCUAUGCAGCUUUUGGAGAUUCAAGCCCUGGAAACCUGCUAACUGGUUUUGGCUUCUAUAACCCGUAUUGGCUCCUCGACAUAGCCAAUGUUGCCAUUGUUGUCCACCUUGUUGGUGCAUACCAAGUUGACUGCCAACCGCUGUUCCAAUUUAUUGAAAAAGUCGCAGCACAAAAAUUCCCAGACAGUGAUUUUAUAAGGAAGGAGUUUGAAGUACCAAUCCCUGGUUGCAAACCCUUCAAGCUCAACCUUUUCAGAUUGGUUUGGAGGACAAUUUUUGUGAUCUGCUGCACUGUCAUGGCAAUGUUGCUACCAUUCUUCAAUGACAUUGUGGGGCUUAUCGGUGCCAUUGCAUAUUGGCCACUCACCGUGUAUUUCCCAGUGGAGAUGUAUAUAGUUCAAACUAAAAUACCAAAAUGGAGCACAAAAUGGAUAUGCCUGGAGAUGCUUAGUGCUGCAUGCUUCGUCUUGGCAAUGGUAAGUGCAGUAGGUUCCAUUGCUGGAGUUCUUGAUGGUCUUAAAGUUUACAAGCCAUUCAUGACCAAUUACUAG